AUGUACCUCUUCUUCGCCGGCGACAACGGCAAGAUCUACCGCUCGAGCAUGCCAGUCGGCAACUUCCCCGGCAACUUCGGUUCGAGCUCAACCGUCAUCAUGAGCGGCAACAAGAACGACCUCUUCGAGGCCGUGCAGGUGUACACGGUGGCGGGCCAGAGCCAGAAGACGUACCUCAUGAUCAUUGAGUCGAUCGGGUCGCGCGGCCGGUACUUCCGGUCGUACACGUCCAACAACCUGGGCGGUUCGUGGACGCCGCAGGCGACCAGCGAGAACGCGCCCUUCGCCGGCAAGGCCAACAGCGGCGCGUCGUGGACCAACGACAUCAGCCACGGCGAUCUCCUCCGCACCAGCGCCGACGAGACCAUGACCAUCGACCCGUGCAACCUGCAGCUGCUGUACCAGGGCCGCUCCGGCGACAGCAGCGACUACAACUCGCUGCCCUACCGCCCCGGUCUCCUCACCCUCCAGGGCGCUACCGGCGGCAGCCCGAACAACCCCGAGCCCACCGGCGGCACCAACCCCGGCACCGGUGGCACGGUUCCCAAGUACGGCCAGUGCGGUGGUAGUGGUUACACCGGCCCGACGACCUGCGCCAGCGGGUCCAAGUGCACCUUCUCUAACGAAUGGUACUCUCAAUGCCUCUAA